UAUUUGAUACUUCCAAGUUUGUUUAUCAUGGCAGAGGUUUGCUCUGAACAUUAUGUGCAUAUAUCUUAAUUGGGUGUCUUUCAUUGAUCUUGGAUUUAAUAGGUUUAGAUGAAAUCAUGCAGGAGGAGAUGAGAACCAUUGUGAUGAAGGUUAAUAUUGAUUGCCAAGGAUGCCAUGACAGAAUGCAGAGAGCCCUUCUCAAAAUAGAUGGAAUGAAUGGGUUUCAAAUUGAAUCAAAUAAAGUGACUGCAAAUGUGAAAGGAAACACAGAUUCAGAUAAGAUCAUAAGGAGACUGUCACGCAAGACUGGAAAGAAUGUGCAAAAAUUGAAGGAAGAGAAGAAAUCAGAGGAAAAAUCUGCUAAUAAAGAACUAUACCCACAUGAUCAUGCCAAGUAUUUUACCUCGCUUAGUGAUGAGGAUGUGAAUUGCACCAUUAUGUGACUGCCAUACAUCUAAUUUGAUUCUUUUAUACAUCAAAUUUACGAUUUAUUCCUUUUCUAUGUAGCAAAUUAGAUUUUUUCACAAGUGGGUCAGGAACUUUUGUAUAUAGUUAUCUUUUUACUGUAAAUCAUGGAUAUUACCAUGAUUUGUAUAGUGAAGUUCCUCUUAUACUUCUUCUGUAUAUACAUAGGAGUCAAAAGUGAAAAAAUAUGUAGUUAUCCCUCUAUAUACAGGGUUGGUUUUUAGUCUUACUCCUCAACCACUUGGAUUUUUUUAAUGUGGUUCAGUGGGGAGAAGGCCAAUGGAAUGAAAAACAGAAAACUACACUGUAGAGUUUUCUUGAA